GGCGAUGACAAGUAAUCCAUUUAAAUAAAAUCGACAGAAUGAGUUUUCUUUGAAUGUGUUCCUCACAGGUGGCGUCUGGAAUAAGCUGUUUUCCUUUACUGUCUCUGCAAAUUUAAGAAACAUAAACAAAACUAGUUUCUUUCUUCAAGACCCAUCAAUUGCAGCCAUUAAAACCAAGAGCCAAGAAGAAUCAAGAUCCUUUUUUUUCUCUCACAAAGAAGAUUAGAAGAUCUCGUCCCUCGUGGGUUCUACACCGUUUAUCUUUUGCUGAGCCUUGGAACCCUGCUUCAAGUUGUUUGAACUUAAAGUGAAUUAGUUAAAGUGAAUUAAUUGAGAAAUUGAAGAGAAUUUCAACGCCCCAAGGACCCAGAAAGAGAAGAAACGAUUCAACGAGAGAGAAAAAGAGUGGAAAUAACCCAACAAUUUCUCAUUCUCUUUCAACUUUCAACUCUUGAGACCGUUGAUUUUGCUUGGCAAUUUUUCAUUCCCCGAAGAACACGUUUCAGCCCCUUCGUUAGACCCAUUCGCCGCGUAAACAAAACCCUGCUCUCAAGUUAACCCCCAAAUCGCACCUUUAUUUUUUUUUCUCCUCUCAACACUUGAAACUUUGAAGAUUGUAUAUAAACAAACAAGAAUUUAAGAUCUGCCAUGAAAAUAAUUCCCUUCCCUUCUUCUGCAAACUAAGGAACUACUUGCCUUCGACUUUGAUAAAUUGCGUUUUGGGAUUCUAAUAUGAGUAGCAAUGGCGAAACUUGUAGUGCUAGUCUCGACAUUAGGGCUUUAAUUUGUCACGCUGCUGCUGGUGCCUCUGCAGGGGCAAUAGCGGCUACGUUUGUGUGCCCGUUGGAUGUGAUCAAGACUAGGCUACAAGUCCAUGGCCUUCCUCAAGGGCAGAAAGGUAAUGUCAUUGUCACAAGCUUGCAAAAUAUAGUAAGGAAUGAGGGCUUCAGGGGAAUGUACCGUGGCCUUUCACCGACGAUACUGGCAUUACUUCCAAACUGGGCAGUUUACUUCACAAGUUAUGAGCUAUUAAAAGACCUGCUUCGUUCACGCGAUGGUUGCAAGGAACUCACAACUUUUGGACAUAUGACAGCUGCUGCUGCUGCUGGAGCAGCAACAGCAAUUUCUGUAAAUCCAUUAUGGGUUGUUAAGACAAGACUUCAAACACAAGGAAUGAGACCCGAUGUUGUUCCUUACAAGAGUGUUCUGUCUGCUCUGACAAGGAUUACACGUGAGGAAGGCAUAAGAGGCCUAUAUAGUGGCAUUAUUCCUUCAUUGGCUGGCAUAAGUCAUGUUGCAAUUCAAUUUCCAGCAUUUGAAAGGAUCAAGUCAUACAUGGCAGAAAAAGAUAACACAACUGUUGAUAAACUAAGUCCUGGAAGUGUUGCCAUUGCAUCAUCAAUUUCAAAAGUGUUUGCCUCUGUAAUGACUUAUCCACAUGAGGUAAUACGAUCCCGGCUGCAAGAGCAAGGGCAGGCCAAAAAUAACGGGAUACAAUAUACAGGGGUUAUUGACUGUACCAAGAAGUUGUUUCAAAAGGAAGGCAUUGCUGGGUUUUAUCGUGGUUGUGCAACGAAUCUUUUAAGAACAACUCCAUCUGCUGUUAUUACAUUCACUAGUUAUGAGAUGAUACAGAGGUUUUUGCAGCGAGUUGUACCCCAGGAUAAAGGGUAUCCACAAGGCUCUUCUAAACCCAAUGAACUGAACAAAGCUCAGUCAAAAGCAGAAGCCAGUGACACUGAUAGGGGACAACCACCGUCUCAGUCUAACAUGAAAGCUUCGUCAAUUCCUCUCGGAAACAAAGAGCAGCUAACACGACAUUGAUUGAUUCACAGUUAUGUUUACAUUUAGUUUCUAACUUAGAGGAUUUUCAUUCCUUUUUGUCCAAAGAAAUAAAGAAGUUAACAAGGUCAUGUUCUCAAUCAUAAUAGAAUGGAGGAAUAUACGUGCCAUUUACAUUUAAGGUUUUUGUGU